AGGUGUCUGCUUCUGUCAUUUCCAUCAUGGAGGGUACCAUCCCUCCCACUAUGGAAUGCAGGGGUAGAUACAGGCAAGGGGUGGUGGUGGGCAUCAAGGCACCAGCACUGCACGAAGCUCAUCUAGCAGUUCACUGGAGCCCUCCCAUGGAGAGCUGCACUGGCACAGGGGCAGUGAUGCAUGAGGUUGAGCUGUGACUCCAAGGACAGCACCCACAACUUUGAAGAUUCCUGCUGGGAAGACGGGGCAGAGACACCAGUGUAGUUCAGAGGAGGGGUGUAACUACAGAGCCCCACCAGGUCCCCAGAAAGCACCCGCUGCCACAGAGCCAGCUGGUCCCCUUUCUCCACCCGUGCAGGAAUACAUGCCCAGCCUAACCCCUCCUACAGGCCCUUGCUGUGCCAGAAAAGACUGAUGAGUGCCAUGGCCAUGCCCAGGAGCUACAAGGGGGGCCCUCCCCACAUGCAGUGCUGGCUGCAUGCAACCCUUCUCACCUGAUAGGCUGGCAGGGCCACAGGGGCAUGGGGCCUCCGGGCUUCUUGUCCUGGUGUCACAGUGCACAGUCCUGACAGAAACGGGGGCCAGGCCAAAGCUCUCCAUCACCCUGUGUAGCUGGUGAUGGUGUAGUUCCUGCAGCACGGUACCCAUGCUGUAAUCCAGCUGAUGUCACAAAGGGACAGUGCACUGUAGGAUGCUCCUGGGCAGUCUGCUCAGGCCCUGGGAUCUCAGGAGCUUGGUCAGCACAAGGGGACAGACAGCCUGGGCUGAAGAGAAGACUAGAAGGGUGGGCAGUGCAGAGCCCAGGCUGUGGGUGCCCCCCAGGGAACACCUUGCUGCUCUGCAGGUGCCUGGCUGACAAGGGCUUCCUGUGAGUCCCUUCUCUGCAGGCAGCGUGCCAGGUCUGGGCAGGGGUCAGCAGCAAACCUCACCUGGCAGUGCAGAAGGGACCAGCUUGUUGUCCCCAUGGUAAAUUUUCUUUCCACAACCUGCUUCCCAAGUUGUUCAGUGUCAGUGGACCAGAGCAUGUUUGAGAACGCCAGUGCCAGCACAGCACCCACCCCACGGCCACAUCAGGGCCCUGCUGCAGCCCUGCCACAGCCCUCCCGCCCCGCCGGCAGCCAGCACCUCCGCAACCUGGGCAAGGCCAUGGGGGCCAAGGUGAAUGAUUUCCUGCGCCGCAAGGAGCCAGGUGGCCUCCCUGUUGUGGGAGUGAUGGAGGUGAAUGCCAGCGCUGGUGCCGUUCUGGGCAUGGGACAGCCAGCUAGCGAGGAGGGGGCUGUGGGGCUGGAUGCUUUUCCCCGGCUAGACCCCCCACCCCCCGUCACCAAGAAGCGGACACCACGUGCCCUGAAGACCCCUCAGGACAUGCUCAUUGCUCCACAGCCAGUGGCGACCACCCCAACGAGCAGCAUGGAGGAGUCCCCUGAACCACCCACAGCCCACCCUGACCCCUCAGAGGAGCAGCCAGGGAUGAGGGACCCAUCCCCUCUAGAAUGCCCUGGGGUCCCCAGCAUGAUGGGCACCCCAGGUCCCAGUGGGGACCAGCCCACUGGUGCUCUUCCUGUGCCUGACCUCAUUCAUAAGGGCACCCUGGAGAGCCAGCGGCGAACAGGAGAGUCACUCAGCACAGAGAAGUCCUCCCGGAGACCAGGGCUGGAUCAUGAGCCACUGGGGAGCACAGGGCGGCCAGAGGCAUGUACCUCUGGCUGGGAGGUGGAGGGGCCCCAUCCUGACUUACUGUCAUUUGAGUAGCAGUGGGGGAGCCACAGCAGGGGCACCGUGGGGGCUGGCUCUCCUAAGCAUGUCUCUGCCACAUGCUGACCCUGUGUCUCUUUGGGGGCAUUGUUUUGGAGAGGGGGAAUCCCCAGGGUGUCAGGAGCCCCUGCUGCCCCAGUGUGGGGAGCUAGAACAUCCCACUUC